GGAAGUCACAGGGUCAAUUCCCAGACCCGGGGCAGGGCCGGGGUGGACAAACAGAGCAAAGGUGAGGAGCGGGGCUCAGAGCUGCACGGCCCGCUGGACGGCUCGCCAUGAGGGGGCUGGCAGCGCCCACGCCGGCGCCCCGCAGGGUGCUCGUCCUGCUGGGGCUGCUGUGGGGCUUGGCGGCCGCCACCCCGCUGGGCCCCAGGUGGCUUGAGCCGGUGUUCGGGCGCCUGGCGUCCCCCGGCUUCCCGGGCGAGUAUGCCAACCACCAGCAGCGCCGCUGGGCCCUGGCCGCGCCCCCCGGCUACCGCCUGCGCCUCUACUUCACCCACUUCGACCUGGAGCUGUCCUACCUGUGCGAGUAUGACUUCGUCAAGCUGAGCUCGGGGACCAAGGUGCUGGCCACGCUGUGUGGACGGGAAAGCACGGACACCGAGCGGGCACCCGGCAACGACACCUUCUACUCGCCGGGCCCCAGCCUGGACGUCACCUUCCGCUCCGACUACUCCAACGAGAAGCCGUUCACGGGCUUCGAGGCCUUCUACGCGGCCGAGGACAUCAACGAGUGCCAAGUGUCCCCAGGGGAGCCGCCACCCUGCGAUCACCACUGUCACAACUACCUGGGCGGCUUCUACUGCUCCUGCCGGGCGGGCUAUGUCCUGCACCAGAACAAGCGCACCUGCUCAGCCCUGUGCUCGGACCAGGUCUUCACCGCGCGGUCUGGGGAGCUCAGCAGCCCUGAAUACCCGCGGCCGUACCCCAGACUCUCCAGCUGCGCUUACCACAUCCGCCUGGAGGAGGGGUUCCAUGUCGUCCUGGACUUCGCGGGGCCCUUCGAUGUAGAGUCGCAUCCUGACACCCAGUGUCCCUACGACUCCCUCCAGAUCCGGACAGGCAGAGCGGAGCACGGCCCUCUGUGUGGGAGGACAGCGCCCCGCAGGAUCGAAACAAACAGCAGCACUGUGACCAUCACUUUUGUCACCGAUGACUCAGGGGACAACACAGGCUGGAAGAUCCACUACACCAGCACAGCGCAGCCGUGUCCCGAUCCCACGGCGCCACCUAACGGCCGCAUUUCACCGGUGCAAGACAAGUACGUCUUCCGAGACAGCUUCUCAGUCUUCUGCGAGGUCGGCUACGAGCUUCUGCACGGUUCUCUGCCCCUGAAAUCCUUUGCUGCCGUCUGUCAGAAAGAUGGCUCCUGGGACCGACCCAUGCCGGAGUGCAGCACUGUUGACUGCGGCCCUCCUGAUGAUUUACCCAACGGCCAAGUGGAGUACAUCACAGGCCCCGACGUGACCACCUACCAAGCUGAGAUUCAGUACAGCUGUAGAGACACCUUCUACACAAUGAAAAGCAGCGACGGUAAAUAUGUAUGUGAGGCUGACGGAUUCUGGACGAGCUCCGGAGGAGAAAAAUCCCUCCCAGUCUGUGAGCCUGUCUGUGGACUAUCGGCUCGUACUACAAGAGGUCGUAUAUUUGGAGGGCAAAAUGCAAAACCGGGUGAUUUCCCGUGGCAAGUCCUGUUACUUGGGCAAACCACAGCAGCAGGUGCACUUUUAUAUGACAACUGGAUCCUAACAGCCGCUCAUGUCGUCUACGGACUGAAAGGUGAUACGCCCUCCCUGGACAUUCGAAUGGGCACCCUGCAGAGGCUAUCACCUCAUUACACACAGGCUUGGGCCGACGCUGUUUUUAUCCAUGAAGGUUACAUUCAUGACGCUGGUUUUGACAAUGAUAUAGCACUGAUUAAGCUGAAGAACAAAGUUGUAAUCAAUAGCAACAUCAUGCCCAUUUGUCUGCCAAGAGAAGCAGCAGAAUCCCUGAUGAAGACAAAUGACAUUGGAACCGCAUCUGGGUGGGGAUUAACCCAAAGGGGUUUUCUUGCUAGAAAUCUCAUGUUUGUGGACCUACCCAUUGUGGACCAUCAAAAAUGUACUGCUGCGUACGAAAAGCAGCACUACCCAGGGGGAGUGGUAACGGCUAACAUGCUCUGCGCUGGCUUAGAAGCUGGGGGCAAGGACAGCUGUAGAGGUGACAGUGGAGGGGCACUCGUGUUUCUAGACAACGAGACACAGAGAUGGUUUGUGGGAGGAAUUGUGUCCUGGGGCUCCAUUCAAUGUGGGGCAGCAGAUCAGUACGGAGUAUACACCAAAGUCAUUAACUAUAUUCCCUGGAUCAAGAACAUAAUUAGUAAUUUUUAGUUUGCUUGUCUGCAAUCAGUACAUGAUUCCUGAUGUUUAGAAGUACCUGUAAGUUCAGUGGCAGAGCAACCCAAGAAGCAUGGGUUGGCAGCUGUCACUCCACCCCCCGCCCCCAAAUCCAACUCCAGUGGGACUGUUCCAGGACCCAGUCUACCCUCCAGUAUAAACCCUCCCUUAUUGUUAGGGGAAGCGAAUCAUUACAGUGAUACUCACUUCUCCAACUCAGUAUAGACUCAUUCGCUAAGCUUCAUUUAUUACAAAGCCCAGCACCUUUUCAGAUUGACUGUUCGCAUUUCUGCACGCUGCAUACCUAUGCUCUACUUUUUGUUCUUCAUUAAUCUCUAAGAGCGCUUUACAUAUUACAGCAGUACUGGGUUCAGGAAUAACUUUGAAAAUUCAUUCUGAGGGAGGGGGAUUGCAAACAUCAAUACUUUAGCCCAGGAAUGAACAGAUUCCCAAGUUAAAAACCAAUGCCACAGUACCCGGGCAAGCUGGCACAUAUUCGUAAUCCUAGCACUGAGGGUGGAUGAGGCAGGAUUCCAAGUUUGAGUCCUACCUGAGCAAGACCCUGCCUCAAAA